AUGGCUGAACAUGGAGUCUCCUAUGAGAAUGAGGAAGUAAAGGUGGUAAGGUAUCAGAUAUUUAAAGAUAAUGUGCAACACAUUGAGAAGCAUAAUCAAGAAGGUAAACACUCGUACAAACUUGAGAUAAAUAAAUUUGCAGAUCUAACGAAUGAAGAGUUCUUGGCUAAGUAUGCAAGAAGUUCCAAGCCAUUAUUCAAGAGACAAUCAUCGAAUCAAUCAUCUUUUGAAUACAAAGAUAUGAAAGAUAUACCGCCUAGUCUCAACUGGAGAGAUCACAAUGCUGUUACAGCUGUAAAGUCUCAAGGAGGAUGUGGUUAG